UAUCUUCAUCCUUAUCUGGCACUACCCCAACUCACAAGCAAAGAAUGACAGCAGGCUGAGUCAUGAGACUAAUAAUCACAUUCUAUUCUGGUACCAUGUUCCCUUGUCCUUCUUUCUACAUUAAGAUUCUGGCUAUGCCACUCUACUUCUCAAAGCAAUGGAUUAAGAAGAGCCCCACCAAGCCAGAAGCUCCAUUGAUAGGCCAUAAAGCAGCCCUUGUUCUCAAGCAAGGUACUGAAAUCACUUGGCCUUUAUUCCUCUUGUUUCCCCCUCCCUGCAUAUUUAAGCGCCACCUUGCCACAUCUCUUAAACCAACCAGUUUGCAAAGUAGCCAUGGCGUUAACAGCAACAACAACAGCCCAAAAAAUGCAUUCAAUAAAGGGAGACCGCCACCUCUUUGCGUCGUCGGACGAUAGCAUUGUUCUGAAACAGAUGCACGAGACACACAAACCUGAGGGACGCGACAUAGAUGUGCGCCCCAUACUCCAUGUGGUCGAGGAUGUCUUCCGCCGGACCACGCCUACCUUCGUUAUGACAGCGCUGAUGUCCCAAGCACACCUGGAGGCGGAUGUUCAUGAUGGCGCAAACCAGACUGGACUAACCUUAAUGCUAGAGGCAAUUGCUUUCACCGUUCACAGGAUCACCUAUGAGGUGACAUACAAGUGCUCGGGUGGCGGCGAAGCCCACACAACAACUAUGGCCGUGUUCCAAGUUUUAUCAACCUAUACAUGGGAUGCAAAAGCAGUUAUGGCCUUGGCUGCACUGGCGGUGAACUAUGGUGAGUUUUGGCUGACAGCGCAGCUCCACAGUGCAAACCCCUUAGCCAAAUCUUUGGCACUCCUUAAGCAGGUUCCGGACAUCAUUGAACAUACAAAUGUCCUCAAGCCUAGAUUUGACGCCAUUAACAACCUCAUCAGAGUCAUGCUCGAUGUCACAAAGUGCAUCAUUGAGUUUACUGAACUUCCUUCUGAGUACAUCUCCCCAGAAUCCCCACAAAUGGGAGCUGCCAUGACUCAUAUUCCAACUGCUGUCUAUUGGGUGGUUCGAGGUGCCGUUGCCUGCAUCUCUCAGACCAUUGCGCUCAUUGGCAUUGGCCAUGAGCAUAUCAGCUCAACAACAGAGGCAUGGGAGCUCUCCACAAUAGCUCAUAAACUUGCCAACAUUCAUGGGCACCUCACUAAGCAACUUGAACUUUGCCAUAAACACAUUGAUGAAAAGAGGGACCUUGAAGCCUAUCAAACACUGGUUCGGCUUUUUGAAACAAUCCACAUUGAUAACAUGAAAAUCCUCAGGGCACUCUUAUACUCCAAGGAUGAUCUUCCCCUCUUUGAUGGCUUGACAAAGAAGAGAGUUGGACUUGACGUUCUGAGAAGAAAAAUUGUACUGCUUUUCAUCAGUGACCUCGAUAUCAGCCCUGAGGAGCUCUUCGUUCUCAUACAGAUAUAUAAUGACACACACCAUGGAAAGGUUGAACGACAGUAUGAAGUCGUCUGGUUGGCUGUCACUGAUAGACAUCGUCCCUGGACUGAGAACAGAGAAGCAGAUUUCAAUCGUUUAGUCUCAAAUAUGCCAUGGUACACACUGCACCAUCCCUCACAUCUCCAGCCUGCAGUUAUCAAGUACAUCAGGGAAGUUUGGCAUUUUGAUAAGAAGCCUAUUCUGGUGGUCCUAGAUCCCCAAGGAAAGCUCGUUUGCCCCAACGCUCUUCACAUGAUAUGGAUAUGGGGAAGCCUGGCCUAUCCUUUUACCAGUAGCAGGGAGGAUGCUUUGUGGAAGGAAGAGACAUGGAAGCUCGAGCUCCUAGUCGAUGAGAUCGACCCUGCCAUUCUGAACUGGGUAAGGGAAGAGCAGCAUGUUUGCCUCUAUGGUGGAGAUGACAUUGAAUGGAUCAGGAAAUUCACAAAGCUCCUGAGGCAAGUGGCGCAUGAUGCCAGGGUUCCCAUAGAGAUGGUUUAUGUAGGCAAGAGCAACCCAAAGGGGGUGAAGAAGGCAAUAGCAGCCAUCAAGGCUGAAAAGCUAAGUAACUACUGGGAGGAUCCAGCAAUGGUGUGGUUCUUUUGGGUGCGUUUGGAGAGCAUGUGGCACUCCAAGAUGCAGCGUGGCAGAAGCAUUGAGGAUGACCCAAUCAUGCAAGAAGUAAUGCAAAUGCUCAGUUUCGAUGGAAGUGAUGAGGGAUGGGCAGUCAUCAGCCACAGGUCUUUUGAUAUCUUAAAGUCGCAUGGCAAGACGCUGUAUGACUGUUUAUUGAACUAUGAUUUAUGGAAGGAGAAUGUUGAGAAUGAGGGGUUUAUCCCGGCACUCGCCAAGGCGCUGCUUCCUUACCACACCCAUGAGCAUUGCACGCGUCUCAUUCUCCCAGGUGACACGCAACAAAUCAAGGAGAAGGUGAUUUGUGCGCAGUGCAAGCGUCCCAUGGAGAAGUUUGUGCUCUACCGCUGCUGCAAAGACUGAGAAUACUGCCAUUUUCUACUUUUAUGGCUUCAUAUCGAGCGACGAAACUGUGAUUAGAUACUAUGGUGUGAUUAAGCAUUAUAAUUUAGGAGAAGAAUUGCUUGUCUUUUAUGGAGUGAGGCUGCUGUGCUCGCGGUCACUAUAUUGUUGAUUUUUUUAUCAUUUUUACAAAUAUUGUAACUAUGGUCUUUAAAAACUGUAUAAUAUGAUACCUGCAUGACAUGUCGCAUCCUCCUUUGCUGCUUGAGGAGGUAAGGUAUAGGUUGGUUUCAACUUGUCUUCCACUCAAUUUCUGAGCUAUAUCUACGUUGGCAUUUCUGUUUUUGGACCACAUUUGUUUUCUUAUUCCUAGGGUAAACCUUACCCAGGUUUCGUUUAUGUAUGAUUAUCUGUGUUACUGAGCUUCGGAUAAAAAGAAAGAUGGUUUUCUUUGUCUUGAUAUUCUGAGCCUUUCUAGGUUCUUGUUAUUUUUUCUCUCUUCUGUAUUAUAUUUUCCUUCCUACUGCAUUCCAAGAUAGCUCAAAAUUUUAACAUGAUAUCAGAGCCCCUUGCUUACCCACACUAUGAAUCCCGUCUCCAGCUCUUUAGCCAACAUCGCUACUCCCCCUGCCAUCCCUAAUUCUCUACCUCAUGAUCACCCAAUUCCCACCAAACUUCAGUUCCUCAUCACCCACAUCAAGAACAACAUUUCCAACCCUCUAAAUACAGAAAAUCAUCUCACACUGAACGCUCAAGUCAUGAAGUUAUUCAAAGCUAAAGAGUACGAGGGCUUCUUGACUGAAAAUUAUUUCCACCAUCCUGCACCGUUGUUGAUCCUUCCGGCGGUGAGGUUGCCAGCCCCGAUUAUACUCAAUGGAUGAUAAUUGACCAAAAUCUUGCUGCUGCCAUCUAUUCAAUUAUCUCCCCCUCAAUUCUUGCUAUGUUCUUAAUAUUGACACGUGCGGCUAUUUAACAUACUAACGAUCGUCGUCUUCAAUCAACCAACCAGUCAAGAAUACUUCAAAUCAAGUACGAGCUCCACACCUUAACAUGCAAGGCAAAACCAUGACUCAAUAUCUAUCGGACAUCAAACGGAGGGUCGAUCUGCAGGGGCGGCCCUUCUUUUGAAGACAUAAUCCUCAACAGUCUUAACAAUAUUCAUUCAUUAUCCUGCCUUCAAGACUGCUAUUCGUGCCAAUAUCCAACCUCUCAAAGAAGAUGAUCUUUGAGGAACUCACACUUGCCCAAGACAUGACCAAUGACUCCCAACAUGCCCACCACACUGCACUCCUGUCAUCACAUGACACAGGCAAAUUUUGGAAUUCAUAUUCCAACUUAAUUAUUGACACAACCUUUCGGCCCAACUGAGACAGCAACUCUCGGCCCAACAAUACUUCAAUUGUUGACCCCAGGUCACGACCCCCUAUAUCCACCGCAAAAAAAUUAAAAGUAUAUGCCAGAUUUGCAACAAGCCCGGACACUCCGUUCUUAAGUGUUGGCAUCGUCAUGACAAAAAUUAUCAAUAUUUAAUGACUCUAAUCAUUGAUUCUAAAUCUUAUUCAAAUAAUUCUUAGUACCCGGACAGCGGAGCUUCUGAGCACCUCACGGCUGAUUCAAAUCACAUCUCACAAUCUCAAUAAUAUACCACAGACACCAAUAUCACAAUCGAUAAUGGACAUUAACUCUCCAUCGCUAACACUGAUAAGGACUUCUACCAAUUUCGACACGUAAGUUAUUACUAACAAAUUUUCAUUAUGUACCUAAUCUUCCUUACAAUUUUUAUUAGUUCAUAAACUUCUACUAACUCCUAUGCUAUUAUUUUCACGGUUAAUGGAUAUGCUAUCAAGAAUUUAUAGACCAGCCAAAAAAUUCUUGAAGGACCAUGAAUGUAAGGACUUUAUCCCAU